UGCCCGCAGCCCUGCCCCAGCUGCUCCAGAGCCCUCGCCCCUCGCCUCGCUCCGGGAAGGAGCUCAGGGAGCUGGAUUCCCGAGCAUUCCCUGGAGGCUGUGCCAAUCCAUGGGGUGCAGGAGCUCCGGGCACUGGGCAUGAAAACAACCUGAGUGACAUCCACAGCUCCAGUGCAGAGCAGGCAACUCCUGACACAAGGCACCGUGCUUGGAAGAAAGUUACUCCUUCAUUUAGGAAGAUGACUCAUAGCUCAGAGCCACAGGUUUCAGAGGGUGGUAAGAAGCUCACCAAGAUGGAUGUAAGCGUACUUGAGGAGCAGUAUGACCAUAUAAAACAGAAGCAAAAACUGCAACCACACAUUAUUGUAUAUAAAACAGGUGGACAUGAAUCUGUUCUGCCAGAAUCAAUUGUCAACCCUGUUCUAAUUAAUAAGAAAGUUAAAAGAUCAAAGUCAUGUAGAGGAGACGUCCCUGUCAGAAAGGUGACACUGGAGACAAUCAAAGGUGGUGACUCAGAAGAUGACUUGCUCUGGCGCAUCCACCUGGGAACCCACCGCCUGGGGCAGGCCCCUGGACAAGGAGAUUCCUGGGAUCUUUCCCAGUGCAUACCAUGGAGUUUUGACAACCAGAGACUGAUCUCAAAGGGAAACGGCACAGCAGAGACCGAGAAAUCAGCAGGAGCAGGUGAAUUAUCAGAGCUCAGGCAACUGGGAAGCACGAGUGUGUUGAACAGUCUCAGCAAAGAGAACGGCUGCAACAUUCCAAGCUCCUGCCAAAAGCCUCCUCUGAAAUCAGCCACUGCAGCACUUUGGGCACAUCAGCAGAUUUCUGCUACAAAAUGCAUGCCAGCCUGCAACAAACUGAACUUUUACCCUUUCCCAAAUAGGAAAGGGCCCAGGAUUUCUGAAGCAGCAAGGAGGCUUGGGUUAUAUGUCUCACAAUGAAGAGAUUCAGUAAUACCUAGAACUUAGUCAAAAACUUAGACUAAAACUUAAAAUAGCAAAGUAGUCUUCCUAGUUACACAGAUCAACCU